AUGUUAUCAUUUAAAAUUGUUUAUUUUUUCCAAGCUGGCAUUGGAAUCUUAGCCAAUGUGUUCCUCCUUGGCUUCCACAUCAUCACAUUCCACCAGGUCCAUAGGCCAAGGCCCAUUGAUAUAACCACCUGUAAACUGGCUUUUGUCCACCUAGUGAUGCUAUUUGCUACUAUGAAUAUUUUAUCCACAGACAUGAUGAACUCACUGAAUUUUCCAAAUGAAUUAAAAUGUAAGCUUGUGCUCUACAUAAUUAGAGUGACUAGGGAACUCUCCAUCUCCACCACCUGUCUCCUGAGCAUUGUUCAGGUCAUCACCAUCAGUCCCAGCUCCUUCUACUUGUCAAGAUUUAAACAUAAGCUCACAAAUUAUAUUAUCAUUGCUUUCCUCUGUCUUUGGAGCCUCAAUUUGUCUUCCAAUAGCUACAUGAUUAUCUAUACAGUAGUUCAUUCCAAUAGAAGCAAUCUACUCAAUGUCAAUAAGUACUGCUCACUUUCCUCAAUGAACUCCAUCAUCAUGGUGCUAUUUCUCACACUUUCUCUGUUCCAGAAAGCAUUCUUCAUAGGAAUGAUGCUGCUGUGCAGCAUGUACAUGGUGGUUUUCUUAUGUAGCCAUCAGAGGAAGUCCGAGUACCUUCACAGCAUGAGCAUUUCCCCAAGAAUCUCACCAGCCAAAAGGGCCACCCAUACUGUCCUACUGCUCAUGAGUAUCUUUGUGAUUAUGUACUGUGUGGAUAUUACCAUUUCAUCUGUAUCAACUGCUUUGUGGAAAUAUGAUCCAGUUAUCUUGGGUAUUCAGAGUCUUGUGGAAAAUGUCUAUGCCACUGUCAGUCCUUUGGUGUUUAUUAGUUCUGAUAAAAGAAUAAUUGGCCUUCUGCAGAAUGUGAUUGAUAUGUUAAAAUCUCAACAAAUUGAUGCAUAG